AUGGCGCGCCGACGCGGUCGGGCGCAAGAACCGGCCGAGGCCGACCCCGUCGAAGAGCCGCAGCAGCCUGCUGUCCAGGAGACGCCCGCCGACAUUCACGACGAGGACAUGGGCGAUGGCGACGAAGAGGAGGAGCAGCAGGAACAGCAAAGCCUCGUAUUCGACGAGGAGCUCUCGUGGCGCCCGGCCAAGCCCAUACCUAGCGCUACACUGCUGGCCCGCCUCGAACGCCUCUCCAAGGAACUCGCGGAAUUUGAUCAGGGCGCCGUCAAUCUGGACUCUCUCAAGACAGUCGCUUCUCAACUCGCCCACCGCAACCUCCUUCAACACAAGGAUCGCGGCGUCAAAGCCUAUACGGCCUGCUGUCUGGUCGACCUGCUCCGCCUCUAUGUUCCAGACGCGCCCUUCACAGAUGAGCAGCUCAAAAUGAUGUUUGUACUAUUUGUCAAGGAAAUCUUGCCAGCUCUCCACGACCCCACAAAUCCAUACGAUAGCCAGCACAAAUACGUUCUCAUGUCUUUGACCGAUGUCAAGAGUAUCCUGCUUAUUUGCGAUGUCCACGGCGCCGAUGAUCUGCUUCUGCGACUAUUCAAUUCCGCUUUCGACGGCGUUUCAACCAGCUCCAAGGCUUCGCCCGAUCAUCAGGUGGCCAAAGAUGUCGAGAUUCACCUGACCGAUAUGUUAAUGCACCUUAUCGAGGAGUCCCCCGGUAGCGUUCCAGCUAGUGUUAUUGACGCCAUCAUCAGUCAGUUCCUCCGGGCUGCUCCCCCGGGCGGAAACAAGACUAAAGAAGCCAAUGGCAAGCAAUCGACGCUCCUGCACAAGACCGAGCCUCCCGCGUAUAUAAUGGCGAAGAACAUUUGCAAUGGCUGCGCCGAUAAAAUGUCGCGCUAUGUUAGUCAAUACUUUAGCGACGUUAUUCUCAAUGCCUCGGGCUUUGCCACCAAGAACGGAUACGGACAUGGCGACGAUAGCGACGAAGAAGACGCCAAUUCCGGUCCCUCAGAGGCCGAUCUCAAGAGCCUGCGCCAGGCACACGCCUUGAUCCGAGAGCUAUGGCGAGCCGCGCCCACAAUUCUGCAAAAUGUUGUUCCGCAGCUCGAUGCAGAGUUGUCUGCUGAUAAUGUGCAUCUUCGUCACAUUGCCACUGAAGCGUUUGGAGACAUGAUUUCAGGCAUUGGUGCUGCUGGUCCCCCUCCGCCACCUGCUCUCGACCCUGCCGCCUGGCCGCCUGUGCGAUUGAUGGACGAGCCCGGUACUCCCACCGAGGCCAACGUUCUCACUACGCCAUUCUCACCUCAGUCCUUUGCUCAGACGCACCACGCCACGUAUCGCAACUUUGUCAGCCGGAAAAAUGACAAGUCUGGCACUAUCCGCGCCGCUUGGGUCACCGCCGUUGGCUACAUCCUUUCUUCUUCCGCCGGUGGCAUUGGCCUCAGCAGAGAAGACGAGACUGAGCUCGUACGCGGUCUGGUUGACAAGCUAAGUGAUGGCGAGGAAAAGGUACGAUUGGCCGCUGUCAAGGCCAUUGAACUGUUCCAAUUCAGAGAUGUGAUUCUCAAGCUCGGCGCUACCGGAGGCGUUGAUAAGGAGGGCUCCCUAUUUGCCAGCUUGUCUGAUCGAUGCCGUGACCGAAAGGCGUCUGUCCGCGUGGACGCCAUGGUUCUGCUUGGAAAGCUGUGGGCGGUUGGUGCUGCAGAUAUCCAAGAUGGACAAGAGGCAGUGACUGCCUGUCUCGGUGGUGUACCGUCCAGGAUUAUCAACUCCUUCUACGCCAACGACUCAGACCUCAACGUUUUGCUCGAUCGCGUCAUGUUUGAGUGUCUUGUUCCCCUCAAAUUUCCGCUGGUCAAGGGCAAGUCUGCCAAAGGCGGCUCCAAUAAGAAUGCUAUGAGCCAGACUGAGCAGGACAGUAUUCGCGCCGAGAGGAUUCUUCUGAUGCUCAAGGCUCUGGAUCAGCCAGCACAGAAAGCCUUUUUCGCCAUGCAGGCGCGCCAGCCGCAAUUCGCCAAGGGUGUCUCUAUUCUGAUCCAGCAGUGCGAGGCUUACAAUGGCGGUGUGAUUGAAUCUAACGAAGAAAAGGUCAAGGCCAGCCUCGCCAAGACAAUCGACUGGAUCGGACGUUUCUUCCCCGAUGGGCUCAAGGUCCGUGGAGAUUUACAAAAGUUUGCCAAACUCAAUGAGCGCCGGAGCUACCAGCUUGUCAAAUACGCGAUUGAAUCAGAAAGUGACUUCAAGACUGUACGGAGAGCCAUCAGCGAGCUCAUCACCAAAUUGCAAUCUAGCAAUGCAGCUGUUGCACUUGAUACUCUCAUCCCCCUUCUCUACCGGUCCAGCUCUCUCAUGUUCAACCGCAGUCACCUGGCAACAAUUAUGGACUUUUCCAAGAGCGAUAAGAAUGGUCUGGCCGCUGUUGCCCACCUGGUUCUCAACGACAUUUCGCAACGCAAUCCCGAUCUGUUCAAGGCACACGCCGAGGAACUUCGAAAGGAGAUCAUUGAGCAGUCUCCUUCCGAGAACAAGACCAACGACCCUUCCUUGGUCGACAUCCUGAAGGCGUACUCAUCCUAUGCGAAGAAGUACCCCAAGGACGUCAGCUUGGACAGAAGCUUCAUCCAGACACUUACCAACUAUGCCAUGUAUGGAACACCACCAAAGGCGGCCAAGUUUGCUAUCAACAUCAUGCUCGCCAAGGAUGAUGACAAGAGUAAAGUCACUGCUACCAACCUGCUACGCAAGGCAAUGCAAGAUAUCGCGUAUGGAAAGCCGCACUUUCUGAAUAAGCUUGCCACGCUGAGUCAGUUGGAGCUACUCACCCCCACUGUCACAAUGGAUGAGGGCGACGCGAUUCAAGACCUGACAAUCAAGUCCAUACUCCGCCAAGUGCACACGGAUGCCAAACCCGGAGCUGACCCGGCAUGGGUAGACGAUGCUGAUAUGGAUGAGGAAAUCCAGGCCAAAUGUUUGGCCCUGCGCAUUCUUGCCAACCAAGCCAUUGCCAACCAGAACGAGGCCGAUGCCGAAACAAAGGUCAAGACGGUCUUUAAACUGCUCAAGACGUUUGUGGUUAGUGAAGGCGAAUUCUGCAAGGUCAAGGACACCCCCCAACAUCACAAGAAGAGGCUACGACUUCUAGCUGGUCUUUUGAUGCUCAAGCUAUGCACAAUCAAAAAGUACGAUGAGCAACUCGACCCCGUCACCUUUAACAAGCUCGCGGAGCUGGUACAGGACAGCGAAGUACAAGUCCGUCGGCGUUUCAUGGAGAAGCUGCAGAGCUACCUGACGCACGGCAAGCUGCGGGCGCGGUUUCUUACAAUACUUUUCCUCGUUGCCUUUGAGCCAGUGCCAGAAGUCAAGAAUCGCGUCGAGACUUGGCUCCGCUCCCGAGCUCUGUACUACGCCGAGAACAAGAAGGAGGUCAUGGAGGCCAUCUUUGGACGACUCAUUCCGCUCUUGGCUCAUCACCCGGAUUACAGCGCUAGUGUGGAUGACUUGGCAGACUUUGCCAACUAUUUUCUCUUUUACCUCAACGCGGUAGCGACAGAGGCAAACCUAGGUCUCAUCAGCAAAUAUGCCGAGAGAACAAAGCAGACGCGCGACGCGAUCAAUCCUGACGCUAGCGAAAAUCUAUAUGUCCUCAGUGACUUGGCACAAGCCAUCAUUCGGAAAUACCAGGAGAAGAGAAACUGGAGCUUCCGCGUAUACCCCGGCAAGGUCGGACUGGCCACUGGUCUCUUUGCGCCGCUGCCUUCUAGUGAAGUAGCAGAGGAGAUUGCAAAGAGGCAAUACAUUCCAGAGGCGCUGGAUGAAAAGCUCGAUAGUCUGCUCCGAUCUUUUGAGCGCAAAAAGAAGCGCAAGUCAAUGCACGACCCUAGUGAGCCGUCAUCCAAGCGCUCAAGAACACAGAUCAAGACGGUCAUUCGUGAAAAGGCGGCUUCGAAACAACCAAAGGUCAAGAAGGCUAAAAAGGUCAAGGCGGCCCGUCCAAAGAAGGAGCGCGCGUCGAUAGCCGACGAACCCGGCGAGCGUCGCCGCAGCAGCCGCGUGACCAAGACCUCCGACUACAAAGAGCGCGAUGACAAGGACGACGAGGACGAGAUGUUGGACGGUGUCGCCGAGUGGAAAUAUGGCGAUGACUCGUCGGAUGAGGAAAGCGAGGAUGAGGAGUCGGGCGAGGAGUCGGGCGAGGCCGAGGAAGAAGAGGAAGAGGAGGCGGAGAAGGGGGAUGAGGAGGGGGAAGAGCAAGAGCAGCCGGCUGCAAAGAAUGGGCGGCGAGCGCAGGUGGCAAAGCCAGCCGUCAAAGCGAGUGUCCUGGCGGGAGUUCGCAGGGGGGGCCGAUCUAAGCGAUCAUCUCGAGGCGACGACAUGGACACGGAUGAUUAA